AUGGCAAUGGAGUCCUGCGAGCGUAUGGCAGGAUCGAUGCGGCGCUAUGUACCGAAUUUCAUCUGCCGUCGAGGGCCUGUACAUAGACUGCGCAGCGACAAUGGCAGGAACUUCGUUGGAGCAGACAGAGAGGCCAAGAGAUUUGCGGAGAUCUUCGAACCCGAGAGGAUCCAGUCGGAGCUGUCAAGCAAGGGAAUUGAAUGGAUCUUCAACUGCCCAGCGAACCCGUCAGAAGGUGGAGUCUGGGACCGAAUGGUGCAGUGCGUGAAGAGGGUGCUACGCCACACAGUUAAGGAAGUGGCGCCGAAGGAGCACGUCCUGGAGAGUUCCCUGAUAGAGGCGGAGAAUUUCGUUAAUUCUCGUCCGCUCACCCAUUUGCCAGUGAGUGCGGACCAGAAAGCCCCUCUUACGCCCAAUGAUCUCCUCAAUGGAGCAGCUUGCCCACCGGAUACCCCCGGCCUAGAUGGAGGCCUCGUCAAGGAAGGAGCUACGCGAAAGCAGUGGCGCGUGGCAAGGAUGUUGAGGAACCGAUUCUGGAAGAGGUGGGUCUUGGAGUACCUACCCACGCUGACACGGAGAGAGAAGUGGUGCCGCAGAGAGAAGCCGAUUCAGCCGUUCCGCGUCGAGACUGGCGGAAAGGCGUCGUGGAGGAGACCUUUGCUGGAACGGAUGGUGAGGUCAGACGAGCCCGCGUUAGGAUCAUGGAUGGAGAUCGGACUCGCUGGAUAA